AUGACGGAUUCCGCCACAGGAUCUGGCACGAAGGUCGCACCAUCAGUUUAUCAUCAUCCGAAAGAGAGAAGUCCUGUGUUGUUCCGACGACCUUCGGGACCGAAUGACUUAGCACGGUUCAGGCCCAGCAGUAAAACUGAACUUGAGUUGGCUAUUGCAGGAGUAAGGAAAGAUGCAAUUCCUGAAGAAAGAGACGAUGAGGACAUUUCAGAGAUUUCAAGCAGGAACGAUAAGGUCGCGACUGUGGCUCCUCCUCCUCCACAAUUGAAAGUGCUCCAACCGCCUCGAAUUCAGACGGAAUUCAUACAAUAA